CCCCCUCCUUCCCCUCCUUCUCCGCCUCUCCUCAGUCUCCGGGCUGUUGGCUUCAACUUCUCGGCUACACACCACUUCACAUUAUUUCGGAGUGGAUACGACGAGCAGCUUUUCCAAGAACAUGGCUCGCAUGCACCGAACACUUCUACCGCUCUUUCUUCACAUAUGCCUCCUCAACUGGAGCGCGUGGGCCAAGGUGGAGCUGACUAUGCAUGAGGGUGUUGAGGUGUACCUGGGUGACUCGGCUCAGAUCCCCUGCCAGUACAGCUUCACUGACGCCGACAACAAGCCCAGCUUUUUCAUGAUCCAGUGGUUUGUGAGAGCUUUCCGGCAGCCAGCCAGCCCACGCGUACGGAUCUUCUACGGUGAUGACAAGCAGCAGAUGGUGGACAACAACACGGACUACAGCGGUCGCAUCCAGGUGACUUCAGACCAGCAGGGAACUCAACUCACCAUCCAAGAUGUCCAUCUCAACGAUGAGAGGGAAUUCUUCUGCCAGGUUAACGGGCUGGUUGCCGGGAGCGCUGAGGGCAAGACCCACCUCCGAGUGUUUGCUCCUCCAGAGGCUCCAGUGAUCGAGGGUGUCACUACUGGAAUAUCUGUGACCAAUGAGGUGCCUACCAAGGUUGCAUCAUGUGAGGCUCGCAACGGCUACCCUAAACCCAACAUCACCUGGUACAGGAACAGCAUGCCACUGAUGUCUACACCAGGAUAUGUAAACAUGUUGAUCCUGGUGACCCGGGAGUCCAGUGACUUCUUCUCCGUCCAGAGCACACUGCAGUACAAGGUGGUUAAGGAGGACAAGGAUGCCCAUUUCUCCUGUGAGGUCAGCUUCUUUGUCCCGGGAGCCAUCAGGACAGUUGAGUCCAACAGGGUCAACAUCACUGUUCACUACCCCACCACCAUGGUGGAGCUGUGGAAGGAGUCGCCCCAGGGCUUGGUCAAAGAGGGAGAUACUGUGGAGCUGCGUUGCCAGGGUGAUGGCAACCCCCCACCGGUCUUCAUUUUCAACCGAGAACAAGAGCUGGAUGUGGACUUGGAGAGCAACCACGGCGAUGUGUUGAUGCUGUCGCCAGUGUCCCGGAAAGACAGCGGCAUCUACCAGUGCCGCCCUCUGGACUCUGAGGUCAAAGGAGAAAUGCAGCUCACUGUGCACUACUUGGACCCAGCUGUGGUGGUACCUAAAGACUCUGAGGUCAUGCUGAAAGGAGAAGAUCUGACUGCAACCUGCAAUGCUCUGUCCUCCCUGAAAACAUCCACUGUCUGGUACAAGGAUGGGAAGCAGCUGGGUAAGGGGAACACAUUGCAUCUGAAGGAUGCCACCUAUGAAACAACAGGAGAGUACAUAUGUGAGGUGACCGUUCCCUCCCUGCCCGCCCUGCACACCAGCGGCUCCGUCCACAUCAUCGUCCAAGGUGGUCCCCAGCUGGUGGGAGUUGAGCAAGAGGUGCAGCUGGAGGAGGCAACAGGCAGGAUGGUGAACCUGAGCUGUGAGGUUCAGGGCCAUCCGCUGCCCAGCCUCUCCUGGAGCAUCGUCGGCAGCCAGAACUGGCAGGAGGUGGUGAACAAGGCAAACGAGCACAUUAUCCACAGCGUGGUGUCGGUCAAAGUCACCUCGGACACCAGCGCUGUGUGCAACGCUUCCAACGACCUGGGCACUGAAGUCAAGGCUUUCAGCAUCAAAGCCAUUCCCAGAGUCACUUCAGCUGCUCCCUUCUCUCCUGCUGAGGGCAGCGGGGUGAUCAUCGUGGUGAUCAUACUGUGUCUGCUGCUGCUCGCCAUCCUCGGCAGCGUUCUCUACUUCCUGCAUAAGAAGGGGAAGAUCCCCUGUGGACGCUCUGGGAAACAGGAGAUCAGCACCAAAGAGAAGGCCACCAAAGAUGACAUUGUCGUGGAGAUGAAGACCAACACAAAGAAUGAGGAAGCUGUCCUCCUAAAGGCUGUCAACGGAGACAAGAAGGGCCCUAGUGACCAGUGAAGUCCCUGACGGUUCAGCAGCAGGGAGGACACAUGAAGCCAGCAGUCCGUCAGCGUGACCUGAGACCUGCAGGGUAACCCCACCUCACAGUCCGGACAUUCCCCCAUCAUGCUUUGUUCUCAGCAGUAUUUAGUAGAUUCACACAGGAACACACCACCACAUACCUGCAUUACACACACACACACACACACACACACACACACACACACACACACACACACACACACACACACACACACACACACACACACACACACACACACACAAACACAUACAGGUAUGUAUGUACUCGUGUGUAUUUUCCUUUUGAAUGAAUGUUUGCCACCCUGACAUUCAGUUCCUCCGUUUGUUUUGUACCGUUUCCUUAAAACUGUUCAGCGUGUGUACGAUGGUGUCUCGUGUUGCAUCAUCCAACUUUUUUUUUUCUUUUUUUUUUAAUGAAAGUGUAUAUAUUAUAUAUAUUUUGUUAUUUAAGAUAUUUUGGCACUGCGAUUUUCAACUGGCGUUAGCGUCUGGGUCAUGUGCAUGUUGAUCCGUGUUCAUGGUGUCCAGGCGAGUUUUUGGGACGGGAAAUGAUGUCAGAGACCAAACGCUUUACUGUUGGUUCACAGUCACAGAGAGAAGGCUUGUCAGUGUGUUUCCUUCACUUUGAUUUGUUUUGAUUGACACCAGUAUUUGCAGAAGUCGAUUUUGAAAUGUAACCAAAAAAUGAGGAAUACUGAGGCGUUUCCCCGAUGAUGGGAUGUCUUGUUCGGGUGGGAAAACGAGACGCUAAAGCUUGAGACGCAGAGUAAUCCCAACAUCUAUAAAAGCUGUCAGUCAGACACACUGGCAGCCUUCUUUUGCAAACUGCUGUCAAGCCUUUGUACCGUUUGUAAAUAAGUGGUAGUGUACAGAUCUGCUAGUGGUGGCCUUGGACUGUUACUGAAGGCGAAAGGGCCAAAGGUUAGUUGGUUAGCUGAUGUGCUGUGCCUGUUUUUGAGAAUGCAUCAUACACUGAAUUAGGUUUUUUCUUUGGUUUGCUCUGUGUGUUUUCUUUGUUUCAACUGAGAGCUCGUUGGGCCUGAAGAAAGGUUCCAGUGUUUGUGCAUGUUUGACGUGUUUACUACAGACGACCCAUACAGUACUGCUGACCGCUGUGCAAAGCAGGCUGCUUUUUUUUUACCUUCUAGGCAGCCAUACGUUUCAGUUUGUUUCUGUACAGUUUGAUACGGUGGCCGACAAGGGGCAAACGCACUGCAACUUAAUAAAACGCAUGCACGUUAACAAAACGUCUUCAUUAAUUUGACAACGCAUGUGCAGCAUUUAGCAAACGCGCUGCAAAUACACACAUCACAACCAAAUACACAAAC